GAUAUGAAGAGGAAGGUAGAGGAGGAAGAGGGAGGAGGAGGACCUGGUCAAGAAACAAAUCGCAUGCCAGCAACAAUAGCAGGGAGGAGGAAUGGCGAGGAGGAUGGAGGAGGAAGUAGGAGGGAAGAAUGACGGGGAUGGAGGAAGGAGCACGAGGUGGGACCAAGAGGCAGGAGGAAGGAGGACAUGGUGAUAUGAAGAGGAAGGUAGAGGAGGAAGAGGGAGGAGGACCUGGUCAUGCAACAAAUCACAUGCCAGCAACAAUAGCAGGGAGCAGGAAUGGCGAGGAGGAUGGAGGAGGAAGUAGGAGGUGGAUGAAGAGAACGAGAAAAAAUAAUUUGCAUCACGUAUCCCGCGAUGAGAGGAGGGAGGAGGACGAGGAGGAAGGAGGAGGGAGGAAGAUGGCGAGAAUGAGAACAUGGAAGAAAAUAAAUUAUGUUAUGGUGUGCCACGAGGCAUGCGACAGGAGGAAGGAGGGAGAGGGAGGAAGAGGGAGGAGGGAGGAGGAAGGAGGAGGAAGGAGGGGGAUGGCGAGGGAGGAACGAGGAGUAGGAGCAGGAGGAGAAGGGAGGAGGGUGAGGAGGAUGGGAACUGGAUUAAAUAUAAACUGUGUUCCGCUGUCGCAAGUGCCAUGUGACAAGAGGGAGGAGGAGGGAGGAGGAGGAAGAAGGAUGAGGGAGGAAGGAGGAAGGAGGAAGGAGGAAGGGGGAGAAAGGAGGAAGGGGGAGAAAGGAGGAGGAAGCAGGGGGACGAGUACGAGUAGGAGCAGGAGGAGGGAGGAGGGAGGAGGGAGGAGUAUGACGGGGACGGGAACUGGAGUAAACAGAAACAUUGUGUUCUGCUGUCGGGAGGAGGAGGAGGGAGAAAGGAGGAUGACGAGGACGGGAACAGGAUGAAACAAAAACAAAUAAAGUGGGAGUGUUCCACUGUCGGGAGGAGGAGGGAGGAAGGAGGAGGAUGACGAGGAGGGGAACAGGAUGAAACAAAAGCAAAUCAAGUGG